AUGGCCAAGUCGGAAGAUGAAGAUGACAAUGAGAAUCAAGAGGUAAAUUUCUUUGACGUUCAGAAAAACCUGAAAAGCUAUUCUCAAAAGAAAUUAAUAUCUCUUACAAAUGUACUGAUUGAUACCAAUCAUAGCCUUAUUAACGAGAAAAAAGUUUUAAAUGAAAAGAUUCAAGGGUUAGAACAAGUAGGGGAUGAUACGGUAGUUAAUAUUGUUGAUUUGAAGGAACUAGUUGAAGAUUUAACUAGGGAUAAUGCUCUGUUGAUUAGUCAGAUGAACAAAUGGGUGAACACCCCUCUAAAGCAAGUGGCUAGUAAGACUCAUUUUGAGCUUGAAAUUGAACUCAAAAAGGCUAAAAUGAAUCUCUCUGCUGAGCUAGAGAAAAAUAAGCAACUUCAAGAGGUCUUAAGACAUAUGAAAAUUGAGCUUGAUAAGUCUCUUCAUUGGACCUGUUCCUCUGAAAAGAUUGCUGCUAUGUGCAAGGGUAAUGAUGGUUUAAGCUACAAUCUGCUAAGUGUGUCCCAAAUCUGCGACAAAGGAAACAGAGUGGAGUUCUUGUCUCACUUGUGCACUAUCACCAAUCUUAAGACUGGUGAAGUGGUACUAACUGUAAAAAGAUACAAGAACAUUUAUGCAGUAGAUUUUGGCUCAUCUGAUGAUGGUGACUUGAUAUGUCUCAGUGCUGUGGAUGAUAAUGCUGAGUUGUCGCACAGGAGACUGGGACAUGCAAGUUUCACUCUACUGAAUAAACUUGUGGCAAAGGACCUGGUCGGUGGGCUACCAAAUGUCAAGUUCAAAGAUCACAAGGUGUGUGAUGCAUACAUAAAGAGGAAGAAGGUCAAGACUUCUUUUAAACCAAAGAAGGAAGUAAGCACCUUUAGGCCACUUGAGCUGCUUCAUAUGGAUCUUUGUGGGCCUAUGAGGAUUCAAAGCAGAGGUGGCAAGAAGUAUAUUUUUGUAAUUGUUGAUAACUUUUCAAGAUUCACUUGGACUCUGUUUCUAAGAACCAAGGAUGAAACAUUCCCUAUGUUUGUAGCCUUUGUGAAACAGAUUCAAGUGAAGUUGGGACACCAAGUUGUAAGUAUAAGAUCUGAUUAUAGCAUUGAAUUUGACAAUGCCAACUUUAAUGAAUUCUGUACUGAAAAUAAGAUUAGUCACAACUUUUCUGCUCCUCGAACACCUCAGUCCUUGCUUGAGAAGACACCCUAUGAGCUGCUGAAUGAAAAGAAACACAAGCUAACUUACCUUAAGGAAAUUGGAUGCAAAUGCUUUACUCUCAACAAUGGUAAGGAGGCCUUAGGAAAGUUUGAUGCUAAAAAGUUGGGAAGCAAAGGGACACAAAGUGGUGAAGCAGAAGAUGGAGACCUCUUAAUUCCUGAUGAGGUCCUGGAAAUCACAAAUAGAAAAGCUGAAAUGAUGAAUCAAGUUGAGGAAAGAAACGAAGAAGAUGCACAAAAUAUCCAGAUGAUGCCAAGAGUAGCCGAUGCGGUGUUAAGUACUCCUGGUGCUGAACAAAUAAGUGGAGAUCAUGGAUCUGUAGAUGCGAAUGAUGGAUCAAACGUGGAGGCACCUGGUCCCUCAAGUACUAAAAUUCAAGUAUCCAAAUGGAAGCACAAAAUAUCUCACCCUCUUGAUAAUGUAAUUACUCCCUUAGAUUCUGGCAUCCAAACCAGGUCUAAGGUAAGAAACAUGUUUGCCUACUCUGCUUUCAUUUCUCAAAUUGAGCCCAAGAAUAUCAAGGAGGAAUUGGAAGAUGCUGAUUAG